CGUGCCCCUACCAGAGGCUUCGGUGGGCCCACCUUGUGACCUCCGCGGCCGGCCCCUCAGUGGAACUGCGGCCCACGCGGGGGGCGUCCCGACCGUGGGGGCCGCGGCCCGCGCUGACCCUGGACGUCGCCGCGCAGCCCCUGGUUCCCCAAGGCAGAGGAAAUACCCUGGUGGAGCCCUCCUUCCAUAGAACCAGAGAUGGCAUCUGUGGAUUUCAAGACCUAUGUGGAUCAGGCCUGCAGAGCUGCUGAGGAGUUUGUCAAUGUCUACUACACCACCAUGGAUAAGCGGCGGCGUUUGCUGUCCCGCCUGUACAUGGGCACAGCCACCCUGGUCUGGAAUGGCAAUGCUGUUUCAGGACAAGAAUCCUUGAGUGAAUUUUUUGAAAUGUUGCCUUCCAGCGAGUUCCAAAUCAGCGUGGUAGACUGCCAGCCUGUUCAUGAUGAAGCCACACCGAGCCAGACCACAGUCCUUGUUGUGAUCUGUGGAUCAGUGAAGUUUGAGGGGAACAAACAACGGGACUUCAACCAGAACUUCAUCCUGACCGCCCAGGCCUCACCCAGCAACACAGUGUGGAAGAUCGCAAGUGACUGCUUCCGCUUCCAGGACUGGGCCAGCUAGUGGGGGUGGCAGAGGUCUCUUUGCUUCAUUCAGCCUAGCUCUGUAGAGAAAUGCAAACCUCGACUCUCAAGGAUGUGAGGAACACAAGUUCAUUUCUGUUGUUGCGGAGACACUGCAGACUCCACAGUGCUGAGGCUGAACUCUUUUUUGUUGCUCAAGUUCUAGGAGUCCCUUUCCUGAAUAUAUACUUGUUUGUCAUAGUUUCCUUUUCAAAGUAGUAAACUUUUCUAUUUUUCUACUUGCCCAGUAGAGACUCUGAUUCUGGAAAUUCUGACAAAUAAUUUAAUAAUACACAUGUUGCUUCUU